GGCGGCGCGAGGAGCGAGUGAGGUGCGACGGCGCGUGCGAGCAUGUGACCUGGCCCGGCGGCCCAGUGACCCCGCGCUGAUGACGGACGGAGCCCGGUGGCGGCCUGCAGAGAGCUCCUGAAACCCGACCGGCCCCGGCCCGAGCCCCGAGAGCUGACCUCAGACCGACCCGCGCCGGAAGCGGCAGCUAAAGGGCGCUGACUGCGCGCCGUCCGUGUCUCUGAGGAGAGAUUCUGAGGGACUCCGAGGAGUGAUACGAUGGAGCGGCGACUCCGGUGGAGCAUCCUGCUGCUUGCAGCCGCGACCCUCGCCCAAGGUCGGGUGCAGCAGAUCGACAUCACCGGCUUGGUGGGGGACGAGGUGCGGCUGCCCUGCGAGAUAGACGAGACCAAGUGCGGCGACGUGCACAACAUUCAGUGGUACCGCGGUGAUGGCGACACCCGCGUCUUCAUCUACUCCGAACUGGCCGAGGUCGACACCAGCGAGAACAUGCUCCAGGGCAGAGGUUACUUUGAGUACGCGAAGGGUUCGUCGACGACGGAGCUGGAGAUCCGAGACCUGCGGCCGGACGACGAGAGCCUGUACAAGUGCGAGCUGACCUACCUGGAGGUCAGGGACGACUGCGCCGUCAUCCAGUUCGUCAACCUCACCACACUCGCCAAGCCGGAGAGCAUCCGUAUCCUGCUGGAGGACGGCACGGAGGUCAGCCCCGGCUCCGUGAUUGGUCCGUACGAGGAGGACAGUGACCUGGUGCUGCGCUGCGAGUCGGCAGGGGGCAAGCCGGCCGCCGCCGUGACCUGGUGGAACGACACCGUCAACAUGGGAGGGGACGCGGGCGCCAUCCUGUCAGAGGACGGCACGGGACUGGGCACCAACGUCAUUCGCGUCCCGCUGACUCGACAUGACCUGGGCUCGGGCUUCGAAUGUCAGGCCACAAAUGCAGCCGUUGAGUACCCACUGCGCUCCAAGAUCUACCUGGAUCUGCAUGUGCGGCCUCGAACCAUCGAGCUGAGUGGCCUGGAGGAGCCUGUGAUGGAGGGUGCCACCGUGACCCUGACCUGCAAGGUCACGGGGGCACGACCUGCAGCCAACAUCACCUGGCUCACAGGAGGUCAGGAGCUGACCGAGCAGACCUCCAACACGGACAGCAUUCAGCCGGACAGCACCACUGAGACCAUCAGCCGGUACACGUUUACCGCCGACCGGACCACGAACGGCCAGCACAUUGUCUGCGAGGCCGCCAACGCCGUCAUCAAGAACAAGGCUGAGUCGCCGCUGCAGGCUCCUGUCAAGGUCGAAGUGCUCUACGCGCCUGUUGUGACGGUGACGCCCAGCAACGUGACCGUCAACGAGUCCAUGGACAUCCUGCUGUUGUGCAGCUACGACGCCAACCCCACCAACCUAACGGCCGUCUUCUGGUACAAGAGCGGCCGGCAGCUGGACCUGACUGACGAGGACAAGUACAAGGGAGGCACCCUGGAGCAGCCGUUGCUCCUCAUCGAGAACGCCUCCAGGCAUGACGCCGGCCGCUACCGCUGCGAGGUGGCCAACGAGAUCGGUGGCGGCAUGGCCGACAACGAGGCCGUGGUGCACGUCCAGUUCCCCCCGGACGUCGUGCUCACCAUGAGCCCGAGCAGCGUGAUCGAGGCUGACCAGGAGAACGUGACGUUCCGCUGUGACGUCACGGCCGGCGAGCCGGCCGAACUGCUGGGGGUGCGCUGGUACCUGGACGGCGAGCUGCUGCGCGAGCUGCCCGAGUGCAACGACACCGACCCAGGCUUGGCCUAUGACAGCCUGGAUGAAGGCAACGAGGACUUCUGCAACUCCAACCCCGCCGAGAUGAUAUUCCUCAAGGUGGACAGAACCUUUCUCGCCAACUACAGCUGCUCGGGCAUGAACUCAGCUGGGUGGGGCCCGGUCUCGACAGAAAAGGAGUUCAUCAUUCACUAUCCGCCUCUUGGGGCGGCGCUGGUGUAUGAGCCAGCCACCGUACUGAAGGGGUCAGCGGUGACCCUGACCUGUGAAGUCGAUGACCCGGGAUAUCCGCCGGCAAGCAAGUACAUUUGGAUGCGCGGCAACCACGUGAUCACGGACGUGACGGACAACACGUGGCGGAUCAGCACGGUGUCGCUGGAGGACGACGCCAACUUCAGCUGCGUAGCCAUGAACCAGGCGGGCAGCAGCGGCGAGGGACAGGCGGCACUCGACGUGCUCACCAAGCCGCAGUUCAUCGAACGCCUCCCCCUCUACAUGGGGGCUCUGAUGAACUCGUCGUCCAUCGCCGUCACCUGCAGGGUCGAGUGCUCACCUCUCUGUGAGCUGGAGUGGCUCAAAGACGACCAGGUGAUUGAAGACGGCUCGUAUUACUCGAUCAAGACGGGCGCCCUGGAGCCGGACCCGCGGACCAACGACUUCGAGUCGGUCGUGUCCACCCUCACCUGGAACAUGACGGCCUGGCCCAACCAGACGCUGGACCGGGUCCGGGACAACGCAAACUACACCUGCCGCAGCACGUCCAACACCGUCGGGCCGGGGGUCAGCAGCACCACCCUCUUCACUGUCGAGUACCCACCUGAGGACAUCGCCGUUACUUUGCCGGUCGUGGACGUGGUGGAGGGAGAGAAGCCCUCCCCCGUUAGGUGCACGGCCAACGCGUACCCGGCCGCCACCUACAUCUGGAAACACGGAGACGUGCCCAUCCAGACUGGCGAUCAGCUGGAUCUGAACUUCCACGAGGGCAUAAACCGCGAACAGGCCGGCGAGUACGUCUGCCACGCGCAGAACAAGCACGGCAUCGUCUCCACGCCAGUCUUCGUCAACGUCAUGUACGUUCCCGAGUGCAGCAUCGGCCAGAUGGAGCAGGACUGGCGAGUACCUGCUCGUCUGCACGGUCGACGCCGUGCCCGACGACGUGACCUUCACCUGGCGCUUCGACAACGAGACGCUGACGGAGCGGAUCCGGACCGAGGGCACCGUCACUUCGGCACCUACUACUGCUUGGUCAACAACUCGAUCGGCCCUGGCCUGCCCUGCGAGAUCGACGUUGCCGGUGGCGGUUGGGGCAUGCGCCUGGGGGACAUGAGCCUCAUCAUCGUGAUCGUGGUGGUCGUCGUGGCGCUGGUGCUGCUCCUCAUCAUCGGCAUCGUCAUCAUCCUCUGCUGCCGGCGCAAGCGCGCUAAGGAUAAAUACGGCGCGCCGAAUGCUCUAGAGGAGAGAGAAAAUCCGGAUGGUACCAGCAGUAGCCUCGGCGGCCAGGGCGUCCAGCCGCUGCACAAGUGGCCCAUCCGCCCCGGUGUGCACGUGCACGUGACCAGUGUGCAGUCGCUCACCAAGCUCAGCGACGCGCCGCCCGACGUCGCCGCCCCGCCGGCGACGCAGGAAAAAGUUGUAACGUUUAGGAGGGUGGAGACGGAUUCGGACUCAAAGGAGGACAACCUGGACACAGUGGGCGACCCGAGCAAAUCAAAGUCUUCCCCAAACGGCGCCCACCCGCCCGACGACAGGGCUGUCUACGAGAACCUGCCCUUCCACGGUAUGCAGCAGCCGCCCUCCAAGUCCACGGAAGGCGGCCAAGGUCGGUCGGCAGACAGUAGCCAGAGUCGACCACCAAGCGAACUGAGUCAGAACGGCUCCUCCGGCUACGGCAGCACCUUCUCCCAGGGCAACCCGCAGUACGGCUCCAUGCGCUCCCAGCACAGCUUCCAGUACGGAUCCACGCGGUCGCAGCGAGCCGACCCGGAGCGGCACGGACAGCAGCUGCUGCCCAUCCCGCAGUCGCCCGACCUGCCGGACACGCCGACCACGCACGACAAGACCACGCAGAGCGAGGCUAACAAUAACGACUGCGAGCGGCCCACGCCCCCGCAACGAGGCCCGGCCGCCAAGCCGCCUUACCACAACCUCAGCCUGCCGUACAGAGGACACAGAGCGCGCCAGCGGCAGGCGCAGAACCAGGCGGACUUCCAGCAACAGGCGCAAAAUCAGACCGAGCGCCAGCGGCAAGGGGACUCCUUUGAGAUGUGGGAGCAGGUUUGUUUGCUGCUUUCAGUCUUUUGUUCUUUCAUUUGCCGCCGUUUUCCGACAUCGCUUCGUUGCGUAGUCCAUCUCCCCCCCAUCCCCCUCCCACAUCAUUUGUUCUCAUAUACAAGCCAUCACUGAUCACCGAACCUGUAAAAUCUAUCAGCCAGUAACGCUCGAGAUAUCGCUGAUGCGUCUCAUGGGAACGGCAAAGCCUAGAGGCGAUGUGUGCCGUGAUUGGCAAGCGGCAUCAUCGACGACUGCAUAGCCCGUCCACGCACGGCGUCUCAGACAGCGUUUGGUCUUUCCCAAGCUAAACCCCGAACUGUACGUUCCGACGUGCCUCGUGUACGUCUCACGUGAGUGACUUCCGGGCGGGGCGAGCUCGCCUUUGAGCCAGCGCGCUCGUUCUUAGCUCACGUUCGCCCGAGCGCACCAUUACCUCACCGUAUGUCCGAGCUUAGCUCCAGCAUGAGCCACUGCACCGCUCUGUAGCUCCCACCACCCGCCCCUCAGCCAGCUGGUGGUCGUUGUGCGUGACGUCUCCUGGCCUGCCGCUGGACCAGUCUGGGCCUGUGUGUUGCCGUGUGUCCCCCCAGCACUCUGUGUAGGCGCAGCCGCUGUACAGAACCAGUUGUGCAGAGGCUGUCAGCUACUGCUCCCGCCGCCUGCUCCCUCCGCCUGCUCCCUCCGCCUGCUCCCUCCGCCUGCUCCGGUCCGUCUGUUCCCUCUUCCUGCUCCCUCCAUAUGCUCCCUCCACUUGUUCUGGUCCUUCGCUAGAGUAACUACCAGUCGCGCUGUCUCUCAAAUUCUUCCCAAAAACUCGCUUUCGUUGCCAGUAUAAGACCAUAGAAUUGCACUUCUGUGUGUUGCUACUUUCAAUCCCUCAAAGUGAUCGAGAAAUAUCGUGAAAUCAUGAACCAGACAAUCUAAGACGGGAUCACUCUCCCUGUAUAGAUACACGCCAAGAGCGAGUUAUGUCCUCCGGGUCAGCAUGUUUUUCAUAACUGUGCUCCAACCAGCUCAAUCGCUUCUACUUCCGACAUCAAUGUCCUAAAAACUCAGAGCAAGAACGGACCACAACAUUGAAGCAAAGUCCAUCGCAUUAUCCAUUCAGCUACAACAGCCGGCCGGCUGAAGCUCCCCAGUGCCGUGUCCCCUGACUGUAGUGCUGUCCUCGUGUGUGUGCCGCUAACCCUCCGCCGCCGUCCGGCUCCCUGCGCCUGCUGCCGCCUACUAACCGCCC